AUGGCAACGUACCGAAACCAGAAGGCUUUCGAUGGAACCCACCUUGUGUCCAACGUCUGGCCAGGUCGAUGGUUACGUAAACCCAAUCCGAGGAACGUAGGACGUUUCGCAUUUGACAGCCUAGUCGAAUUCCAAUCCCCGUCCCUCGCCAAAGCGGGCUCCAACCUUCGCACUUAUCUCCCACCGCAUACCCGGCACCUAUCCAACACAUCUGCAAAGACUUAUACAAGAAACACGCCCGCUUCUCCAUCCUUUCUCAAAGUCCACACCGCCGCAGUGCCACCGAGCCCAUCCCAUGUUCCCGAAAUUCCGCCGCCGCCGCCUCAAACCACGACCCACAAGGCAAACUCUUCAAGAUCAACCGUCUUAUACCAAUACAUCUUUCCCUCCUUCAUCAAUGCAACCAAUCAGAGUCCGUCGUGGUCUAGUGGCUAG